CUCUGGGAUGAAACGUCCCGCUAGCGGUAGAAAACAACACUACGAAGCAGUUAUGUGACGCAAGCUCCGAUGCAGAUACCGCUGAAGCGCGGGGCGCGGCGAUGAUAACAGGAAAACUGGCCGCCGCCGGAGGUCGGACUACAAAAGACGGCCGGCGCCCGGAUCGGGCACCACUCGCUGUCCUCCGCUCGGUGCUGUGCGGUACAGGUGGCCCUCGACCGGCCCGGCGCGUCUGAGUCACAACUGUCUGCUGCCUCUUCUGUUUGUCUUCCAGCUUCACCUACACUCGACAGAUGGUGAUGUCUGCUCUGAGGUCGGUGCUGGGUCUGGCGCUGCUCGGACUGGUCUCCAGCGUCGCCCAGUUCCACGGCAGCUCCCACCACGCCAGUGUUCACCGGCCCAGCACGCACUACGUGGCGGCGCGGCCGAGCAGCUCCUACGGUGCUCCGCGGGUAGUGACGGCCGCCACCAACUACCAGCAGCCCCAGGUGUACCGGGUCAGCUCGCCCUCGACACACACCGCCGCGCAAAACUUCAACAGUGGAGCUCAGAACUUCCACAGUGGCGCGCAGAAUACGCACAGUGGAGCGCAGAAUACGCACAGUGGAGCGCAAAACUUCCAGAGUGGAGCUCAAAACUUCCACAGUGGAGCGCAGAAUUUCCACAGUGGCGCGCAGAAUACGCACAGUGGUGCUCAAAACUUCCAGACUGGUGCGCAAACGUUCAACACCGGUGCGCAAAACUUCAACAGCGGUGCUCAAGGCUUCCGCAGCACUGCUCCGUCAUCGCACAGCGGCUCACAAAACUUCCGCAGCAGUGCGCCAUCAUUCCACAGCAGUGCGCCGUCCACUCGCACCAGUGCGAACACGUUCCCGAGCAGUGCGCAAACGUUCCCGAGCAGUGCACAAACCUUCUCGACCAGCGCGCCUCACCUCCAGAGCAGCGCUCCGUCCUCUCACAGCAACACGCAGGGUCCGCGGAACACCGCGUCCUCCUUCCAGGCCAGCGCUCCCUCCUCACAUAGCGGAGGAGCGCAGAGCUUCCGCGGCAGCUCGCCGUCCUUCCAGAGCAGUGCGCCGUCCUCCCCGUCCAGUCCGUCGGGCAGCGGCAGCAGCGCGAGCAGCAGUGGACCCAAGUUCGUGGGCCGGCAGCGCCUCGCGCCGACCACCUCCGGCCGGCAGUCGUUCGACAGCCGCAAACAGCUGCGGCAGACCGUCCGCGCCGUCAUCCAAGGUUCGACCAAGUACUACGUGUCGUGGGCGAGCGGCAGCCACCGCACCUACACGUGGGACGAGGCCGACCACGAGUGCCGGCGCUACGGUCUCCGGCUGGUCUCUCUCACCAGCUUCGAGAAGGAGGCCGAGAUCAGCAAGCUGCUCAACAACGCUCCCUUCCCGGUGGCGUACUACUGGACGUCUGCCACCAAGCAGGGUCCCAACGGCGGCUUCAUGUGGGCCGACCGGGACACCACACCCGUGUGCGAGAUCGACAGUCCGCGGGACGUGUGCCACGAGAACUGGGGACGCGUGGGUCAGCUGCGCCAGCCGCAGCCCGACAACGCAGAGGGCCACGAGAACUGCCUGGCCGUGCUGAACAGGUUCUACCCGGGAGACGGCAUCACCUGGCACGACAUCGCCUGCCACCACAAGAAACACUUUGUCUGCGAACGGUACUAAUCAGCCGGGUCGGUAAAGGGUGUGUUGAUAUUGUAGCAGAACGUCCGGCCGCCGGCCGUUGUCGGGCAGAGCCCAUGGAGUCGGUAGAGUCGUUAGGAGUUGACAGUCGUUAGGAGUCGAUGGAGUCGUUAGGAGUCGAUUGAGUCGAGAUAUUUCAAACAAAAGACAAAGUUGAUAGAGUUUACAUAGUCGACAGAGCGUCGAGAGCGUCGUCAGCCGGAUCUGACCGAAGCUUUAGAGCAGCAGGUGGCCAGUGGACCGUUCGUUCGUCGUGGGGUCGCGGCGGCGGCAGACGCGCGUCGCCGCUGCUGCGUAACAUAUGUGAGACGAUUUUUUGUUUUAUGUUGUGUCAUUUAUUGAUGUGUGUAUAAUAUAAUUAUUG